UGAUGGUGGAUUAUGGACUGAUACUACGGUCUUUGAAGGCAUCGUGCAUACUUUCCGGCCGUCCCUUUGAUCGCGUUUCGCAGAAUAGGUCACUUGACUUGUUGUAUCAAAGCCGCCACUGGGACUUUUUCCAAUUGCCACCUGUAUUAUCCUGUGUGCUCUGUCGACCUAGCCUAGCUCAGCUUGGACAACACCUCGGUCGUCGACGUCUUCGAUUUCGCGACUCCACCCAAAACUUUUCCGGCUUUGCGCGACAACACCAACGAUACCCACGACCAGCAUGUGCCCGAGUGCUUUUGAUGUCCGCCAUACAUGAUCGAUACGUACCGUGUUGGUGACAGCCUCAAUACCAAUGCUGGAGAGAACGGCGGCGACCCUGGAAUCAUGUACCAGUCUUCAUGCUCUUCCAUCCGCCACGCGACAACUUAGAAGCCAGCGCAGGUUGCACACCGGCUUCUGGCAGCAUGGCGCCGCAGCCCUAGAUAUCUCCAGCUACUUGCUGGCUGCGCGUUGCAAUGCCACCGAUCAACCCAUCUCCGACUCGCCGCCAACACCCCCCGAAACCCUCGCCGCCUCGACCUUUCUUCUCGACUUUCUCUACCCUAGCGGAACCGCCUCCUUCUUACGCAGAGCCUCUCCGGGCCUUCCUCACGACCAACUAGCGUCCAUUCGACGGCUUCCACGCCGAUCUAGGCCAUUCACCUCUUCCACGGUUGCGACUUCAACGAAAGACUCCGACUCGCCCGAGGCUCUGUCCAAUGGUGGCCUGUCGAUGAACCGGGGAGACGAAUCUGCGGUGCGAGACCUGCGGUAUGAAUACCAACAAGAUGUAGAUCCGGCUGAAGAAGAUGUAGAUCCCGCCGAAGAAGACGAGUUUGAAGAGGAAGAGGAUGACUACGACAUCACCAGCUCGCACGACACGCACAGCGGUCCAUCGUACGCCGGCGCCGGGUCGCGGCCCGAACUGAUGAGGGAGUUGAUGGCCGACAAAGACACGGAGUAUUUUGGGUCCAUAUGGCAGCUCUAUGCGCAGCUGGAGCCUGAUUUGCAACCAGAGUUUCGGCCCAAGAUCAUUGAAUACCUGUAUCAGUCCGCAAACGUCAUUGAUGCGCGAAGAGUUGUCCUCUUGUUCCCCCAAAUCGACGACAGCCAAUGGACCACAUUGGCUCUGACAUCAGUGGUAACGGCAUAUCUACGCUUGGGACGAGAGAGCGAAGCGUUGCGGCUAUACCACAAGGCGCUGGACGAGAAGGCCUUUGUGUGCGGUCUGGACGAGCUGUUGGGUCAUUUCUUUGCCCAGGGCGAUUGGGAAAACGUCAGCCGAGUGUGGGCAUCAUAUCAUACGGUUUACCUCGCCGAAGGCAUCAAUUGUGGAAAGUUGAAACAGCUUGGUGCAACUCCCAACCUCGGAGCCCUUACCAUGAGCUUCGCCGAGGAGGUCGAGGCGCAGGAACCAGAAGUAGCGCGGAAACUCCGAAUCCUGCUCAACAAGGCGGUCAGGCGCGCGAUCCAGCAGCCAUGUAAGCCAGACGAAGCCUUGCCUCUGCUCAAACUCAUCGACAAGGACCAGAAGAAGUGGUUCACCAUCUACCUCGAAGAAGCUCUGGCACGAGGACAGCAAGAGGGUUUGGCCGAGGUGUACCGUGUCUACCGGUCGUUUCCCAACACGCGGCCGUACUGGAGAGUUCUUCAUGGCAUGUUUGAUAUAUUCUACCCAGAGGAUGUCGUGGGCCUCGAGCAGGUCUACGAAGACUAUCAUACCAGCUACGGAGGACUGGAUAGGUGGGGGUACAGGAAGUUCUUAAAGUACUACGCAUCACGGGGCGACAUCAAGUCUCUGGAGCGUUUGUGGGACAACUACGUCUACGCCUACAAGCACCGCCAUGUCCUUCGGGAACCAGAAACCUUUAACUACGUCAUCAACGCCUAUGCGAACCUCAAGGACUACAAGAGCGCACGACGAUUCUUUGACGAGAUGAGAGACAAGCACGGCGUGACCCCGGGCACCGACAGCUGGAAUCAGCUUCUCAAGAGCACCACCGCGGACUACGAUCUCGCCAAGUCGGUGUUUGAAGAGCUCUGCGCGAGCGUGUCACCUGAUAAGUAUUCUUUUGCCACCAUCAUGUCCAUAAGUGCGAGAGAAGGAGACAACGUGAAGACGUUGCAACUUCUCGAGCAAGCGAAAUCACUAGGCAUCGAGCCGGACGUCAUUAUGCUUGCAAAAGUCAUCCGAGCCCACUCCUGGUAUAACCGGACGAGAGCCAUGUUGCAAGUUUGUACCGAUGCCCACGCCAACAACGUUCCGGGCGACCAUGACAUACUCUGGAAUGCUCUUUUACGGUCUCAGGCGUAUCGCCGCAAUCUGCCCGCUGUCGCUCGUGAACUGGAGGCCAUGGCGAAGCUUGGUGUCAAGUGGUCCUCCGAAACCCAUACACAAUUACUCCGCGCCUUGGUCCGUUGCGGGCAAACCCAAAUGGCGUACAAGUUGCUACGUUCGGCUGCUCGCGAAAAGUCGUUCAAGGUGGUCCCAGCCCACAUAGACACCAUCGUACAGGGCGCCCUUGACGGCCGCCAUCUGGCCUUGGCCGGCAAGCUAACGAAGGAAUUGCGACAGCACAAGACCAUGUCAGUCAAGAGUCGCAUUGACCAAGCUCGCAUAAUGAUUAAGCAGCAGUUGUUUGCCUACAAUCAGAAUUCGAAAAACGUUGACGGCGUGGAGGAGUUGAUGACAUACAUUCGGGAUCUGGCCAACCAAAUCUUCACCAGCGCCGAGUCGGAACGGACAGUUUCCUCAAUACGACGCGCCGAUUCCCUGCACCGCCUGCGGGUCUUGCUCGAUAUGGCCAUCCAGCUCUUCGGUGCGUAUCGCGAUUACGACUCGGUCAGAGAGCUCCAGCAGCUGUAUAGGAGCGUCACCGCAGCCACGACCAACUCUACCGACAAUGAAACUCCCGUCCAAUGGCUAUACCACAUGAUGAAGGAGGACGUAUUCAACAAGAGGUACGAAGAGGCCAUGGCAAAGUGGGAUCAACUGCAGGAAAAGGUCGUGGCCAUUGCUCGUCCAAAAUCGAGGGCAGUUAUGCCGCGGCACCGCUACCGUCUUUCCAAGCCAUUUGAGACGUUCAUACAGAUAUGUGUAGAGCUACAGAGCUGGACGCGACUGAAGAGGGGCUUUGAGACGUUAUUUGACUCGGGCUUCCUGUUGGAGCGCCGGGCCAUGAACCUUGUAGUUCAAGGUCUCGCCCGCACGGGGGCUUGGCUAGAAGCCUGCAAGAUGUGCGAAGGGUACCUUAUGCCGAGAUGGACGGGCUGGCAGCAGAGUCGCGUCCGCGCGCAAGUCACGAAUAAUCUACCGCUGGAGACGCGUCGAGCCCACCGCGCGGCGCAAAUGUUACGUCCGACAUCGUACACCGUCAUCCUCCUGUCCAAGGACUACCACGAACUUCGACGCGCGGCGAUGUGGUCGGGUGGCGCGGCGCGCAAACUCACUAUCUUUCACGAGCUGUGCCCGCGCCUGGUGGACGCAUUCAACAGAAUGAUGUACACGGGCGUAGGUAUUGAAAAGGAGCUCUUUGGGACCCAGAAGAAUAGCAUGGCGCUCUUGCAAAUGGGUAAAACCCCUCCGCGCGGCGGCGCCCUUGGCUCGCAGAAGGAGGGCCCGUCGCAACUGCCUGAGCCUUUGUCUACCUCGAGCGGUGUUACUCUUGACGGUUUACUGGACGGUCUGCGGGCCCAGGCUUCAUCGGUGCCAACCCUUCCACCGCGCGAGGAAGGUGUUGGCUCGCAACCCGAGAACAUAUCGUCGGCGGAGCAGUCUGAGCCUUUAUCAAUAACCUCGGGCGGAGUCACAAUCGACGGCCUACGGACUCGAGCUUCGCCAUCGUCGAGGCAUCCCACUCCUCGCCGAGAGGAAGACAUUGUUGACUCGCACCCCGAGACCUCGUCUUGGGCGCAACAACCUGAACACUCAUCAUCAAUGACUACGGGCGGGGUCACCAUUGACGGCCUGCGUGUUCCGUUGUAGUUGGUGGACGGGACGUCUGACUACCAAUGGAGACGCGUGUAUGAACAGAGAUAUCUUGUACAAGACUUAUUAGACCAGACAUGGGUGUGUUAUAGAAGGGCACGGCAUUUAAUUGCAGCGAUGAUAUUCUUGGAGAGAAUCAACACUCUCCUCAACGGGGAUGGACGAUAGAUGUGACAAUACAACUUU